UAUUCGGACGCCGUGGAGGAAGCAUUAAACAUUUAUGUGCAUAUGUAUUGUUGUUUGAAAAAGUUGAGUCGAGCGUAAAUUGACGGUAGUUCUGCACAUUCGUUCGUUAUUUUGAAUUAAUUGUGUGUGUGUAAAAAUCGAUUUGAACAACAAUGAAGGUCUGCUGCAUUGGCGCUGGUUAUGUUGGCGGCCCGACAUGUGCGGUAAUGGCGCUCAAGUGUCCGGAUAUUACCAUAACGCUGGUCGAUAAAAGCGCUGAGAGAAUCGCACAGUGGAAUUCGGAGAAAUUGCCCAUCUAUGAGCCCGGUCUCGAUGAGGUGGUCAAGAAGUGUCGCAAUGUGAACCUGUUCUUCUCCACGGACAUAACAACUGCCAUUAAAGAUGCCGAUCUCAUCUUCAUAUCGGUGAACACGCCCACGAAAACCUGCGGCAGCGGCAAGGGUCGAGCAGCGGAUCUGAAGUACGUGGAGAGUGCGGCACGCAUGAUUGCUGAGAUCGCGCAGUCGAAUAAAAUCGUUGUCGAGAAGAGCACGGUGCCAGUGCGUGCCGCCGAAAGCAUUAUGCAUAUAUUGCGGGCAAAUCAGAAGCCUGGCAUACACUAUGAUAUACUCUCUAAUCCGGAGUUUCUGGCCGAGGGCACGGCCAUCAACGACUUGCUGAAUGCGGAUCGCGUUUUGAUUGGCGGCGAAGAAACGCCAGAGGGCCAUCAGGCGGUGGAGAAGCUGUCGUGGAUCUAUGAGCACUGGAUACCAAAGAAGAACAUACUGACUACCAAUACGUGGAGCAGCGAGCUCUCCAAGCUGGCGGCCAAUGCAUUUCUAGCGCAGCGCAUCUCCAGCAUCAACUCGCUGUCUGCGGUCUGCGAAGCUACCGGCGCUGAUGUGUCGGAGGUGGCGCGUGCCGUGGGUUUGGACUCGCGCAUUGGCUCAAAGUUUCUGCAAGCCUCUGUGGGCUUUGGUGGCAGCUGCUUCCAGAAGGACAUACUCAAUCUGAUCUACAUAUGCGAGAACCUGAACCUGCCCGAGGUGGCCGCCUAUUGGCAGCAGGUGAUCGACAUGAACGACUAUCAAAAGCGGCGCUUCUCGCAGAAGAUCAUCGAGAGUCUGUUCAACACAGUGUCGGAUAAGCGGAUCGCCAUUCUGGGCUUUGCCUUCAAGAAGAACACGGGUGAUACGCGCGAAACGGCUGCAAUUACCGUGUGCCAGACGUUGCUGGAGGAGGGCGCUAAGUUGGACAUCUAUGAUCCCAAGGUGGAGCCAGAGCAAAUUAUUGACGAUCUGACGCAUCCGAGCGUAACGGAAUCUCCUGAGAACGUAAAGAAGGCAGUCCAAAUACACAGCGAUCCGUACAGUGCAGUGCGCGCCACGCACGCCCUGGUGCUGUGUACGGAAUGGGAUGAGUUUGUGGAUCUGGACUACAAGCGCAUCUAUCAGUCGAUGAUGAAACCGGCAUACAUAUUCGAUGGACGCAAAAUUCUAGACCACGAGCGCUUGCUGCAGAUUGGAUUCCAUGUGCAGACCAUUGGUAAAAAGUACCAGAGGGCCGGGUUGCUUCGCUCGUGGGGCAUUGUGCCGCAGCUGUAGGCGUAUCUAGGCGUGGCAUCAA